CGUUCUCAGUACAGUUACCGCCGGUUAAUGCUCAUGAAGCUAGGAACUCCGACGUACCAAGUUUUAAAAUCGAGUCAAAAAUCGUACGAGCUACAGUGCUGUUGGAUCAAAGUUAUGUUACUAUCGCUGUUGUGAUGAGGUCAAUAUUGUUGACAUAUUUGUUUUUCGGCCAUUUUUUUCAAGCGUCAAGCUUAAUGGAUAGGCUAGUCUUCGUGUAAUAUGAUUAUUUUGAUAGAAGUGGGUAGUUCAUUUGCCGUGGUGCAACGAGUGAUAUCAAGAAAGUGGUUUUCAAUUUCACCUGAGACUGGUGUUCGGGGGGCAGUGAGGCAGUUUCGGGUACUGUGAUUUUAUGACUGCCUACCUUGUCGCAAUACAAAUUACAAAUUGAGACUGGACAAGACGCAGUGCAAAGUAGACUGGUUUUAUAUAACUGUCAAAAGCGGUUUCGUUGCUAUUGCAGCAUAGACGAACACCCCGAAAAUAACAUAAAAAACCCCCCUCCAGAUCGAUCCUCGCCGGCUGUUUCUCUCUCAAUACAAACUCCAGCAUUGCGGAUAACAGAGCUAAGCACCUCGGCGGUCCACGAGGGCGUUUGAGACAUUCGGUUCAAGAAUUACCAGGAGUACAACACACAGCUCUGGUAGAUCUGCGCUUACAGGGGUGGGGACCCGUCGAGCGAGAAAAUACACAGGCACUGGGUCUAAUUGUACCAAGCUCUGCAGCUUCACAAACAUGUCUACAAGCAAAGUCAAGUCUCAAUGACAUCGUAUUCCGAUUGCCAGAGUACUUCGUAUCAUCCAACUUUCUGGUCUUCGCCAACAUUUUUUGGUUCUUUUGCAUUUGAGUUUGAGAUAUUUGUUUUCAUCUCUGAAAAGAUUUGUCGGAGUUGGGAUUCCGGUUUGCUUAUCUACUGCGUACUUCAUUCUUUUAUGGGGAAUAAAAAAUUUAGCAGAAAUCAGGAAAACGAAGAGUCUAAUCGCAAAGAUCUAGAAAAACCAAGAGAGUUUCACAGGAGGUCGUGGAGAUUUUCUCAAUUAUGUCGGUAUACCUGUAGUCAAGUGUUGGGCGCGCAGCAGGCUUAAUUAGAGUCACGUAGGGAAGUAGUCUGUGCGGUAACAUACAAGUCUACCACCAGCUGCAAUAUAGGAACGUGCUUGUUCUACCGUUUAUUAUAGGUAGUGAAGAGAUCCUUCCCAAGAUCCCGUUUCCUCGGAAGGAGCGAGAUAAAUAUUCCCCCGGCGGUUUUCCAAGGCCGAUCUCGUACUCUUGUUGCUUACAGUUCCUUUCUGAUUCCUACAACGUAAUAUUUUUCAAGAUAUUCGUCAUCGGCGAAGCGUGCGAGUGAUCCAAAGAAUAAAAUCAUCGAGCGUAUCGCUCGAUCCAACCGAGUGUGGGUAUCACUGUUACUUAUGCUCCCCUACGCGCCCCUUAUCAGUGAUGAAUCCUGCUCCGAGGUAUCAUUUGCGGAAUGUGCCAACGAAAGCCACAGUAGAGCGUUAACCAGGAAGUGACUGUAGAAUUCGAGUGAGAGUCGAGGCCAGAAGAAAAAGUAAGCAGAGAGAAGUGAGCACACGCAAGGAUAGAUAAGCCAGAUUCAUGCGAACAAGUCAAAGAAGAGGCCGUCGAACAGACGUACGAAUGCCACCGGUGUAAAAUAUCUCAUGGUAGCUGUAGUAUAUAGGCAGCCUUAAAGGUUUUGAAUAUUGAAAAAAAAAAAACAAAAUGGAGAAGACCAGCACGAUGAUGGUUCGUUCAGCCUUGUCAGAGAAGAAUCUAAUAAGCGAUCCCAGUGCCUCAGUCAUGACCCCCGAAGCUCUUCAGGGUUCAACAAAAACGUCAUCCUCGAAUAGCUCAGAUGUAUCCCCGAUACGUGUGUCUUCGGAAAACAGCAUCGCGGCGGUAGCCGCCGGUGGUCUUCGGAAGACUGUGUCGAUCCUGGCUAUUGCCCCCACUGAGAUACAGCUUCCACCGGAGACCGCUGGAGCAACGGUAUUCGUUGGUGCCGGUGGUACUAGUUCUGUCGCUGCUACGAACAGCACGGCUAAUGCACCGGCAAACUGGAGGCAAACUCCAAUCCCGGAAGUCCAAGCGGUAAACGGGUACGGGACGAGGCAGCAUCAGGAUAAUCAGGAGGAGUUGAAGCAACAGCUGCACGUAACGUCAGUCGUUAGAACUGGUACGCAUCAGCAGCAGCAGCAGCAGCAACAACAACAGUCGACGUCGAGUCAUCAGCCGGGUCAGCACGUAGUUAAGAUCCGUAUUAAUCCGGAGCUCGAAACGAGUAGGGUAAUAUCAACGGUGCGUUUGAACCCUGAGGUAACGGAUGACGCAUCGGUAAGCGUGGUGAAGUCAAGUGUCAAACGGUCGUACGACGAGAACAACGGGACAAUUAUUGAUAGGGACGAAUUUUCGGGAAGCGCGGAUGCUUGGGAGAGCAGUAAUAAUGAGGUACUAUUGAACGGUCGCGGCGCUACUAAUGAGCCUCCCGGUCAAACCGAGACCCGUGUCCGUAUAAGCGUCGUGAACGAACGAACCAACGACAAUCAGUCGCUGGAGAAACCGACGUCGUACAACCACCGGGUGGAAGAAACUGUGAGUCUGGAAAAUCGUGAACCGUUAAAACAGCAGGACGCGAUGAUUGAACAAUGUGCCACUACAAACGAGGCUAUCACCGGGUCCCCGAUCAAUCGUGGUAACACAUGUUUCUACUACAGCUCGUUUUCAAAUUCGUUGGCGAAUAUGAUGACAACGGGCGGUCAAUGUUCUUCCAGUGAUACCCUCGACAGUGGUACGUGUAGCGAUCUUGACGGUACACCACCGCCAUUACCUAAGAAGAAAAAUUCUAGCACCGUUUUGUUGGGGGUAAACGGAGCAAGUUCCGCAAUGAGGAAACUCGCCCGAAACGUUGCUCCCCAAAAAGGACAACACAACCGCACGGGUAGCGCAACAAGCAGUGGCCUGGAACUUGACAGUGAUGACAACGAGAGCAACAUGAGUUGCGAUUCUCUCAAUGGCGGUGAGCACGCAUCAAGAAUCAUUGAGCAACAAAGCAUUCGAGUGAAUGGAAUAGCACUUGUUGGCAAUGGUGAUAACAUCGCAAAAUCAGAGAAUUGCGAAAUAAAAAAUAGUGGUGAAGGUCAACAGGACGCGGGGAACAGUAGAGUCAUAAGUGAUGAUGAGGUCAGUACUGAAAUCGUCGAGGUCGGGCGCGAAGAACACGAGAUUACCGACGAAAACGAAUACAUCGGUGAUGUUCAGAAUAAUAAUAAUCACAGCAAGAACAACAACAAUAACAACAAUAACAACAACAACAACAACAAUAACGAUAGCAGCAACAACAACCAUAGUAAAAUGAGGGAAAACAUUGAGAUGAGCUUGAACGGUAGCAAGGUCACCGUAGACGAGGAAAUGAACAAGAGAAAUAACGGUGCAGCCGAGGUUACCGCGGACAUCGCAAUUUUACCGUCCGACGUGAUCGCCCCUUCGAGUUCGUCUUCCACCAGUGGUUCCCCGUCACCCUCCGUCGCCUCAUCCUUGUCACAAGCAUUCUCCACUCCUCGAGUCCGAAGUCCCGUCUCUAACGGACGCGCUUCUCCCCUUCCAUCUUCGCCGAUGGUCAAAGAGUGCACUUACGAAGAGCGCAAGCGUGAGCAGGAUCGGUUUAACGAAGAAAAUGCCGCUGCUGAUUAUUACGCGAAUUAUAAUCGAAAAAAUGGCACCAAAUAUCUUUACGACGAUGAUAGAUUUUAUAAAUUUCAUAUUAAUGAAAAUCAGAACAACAACGAGGACGAUGGAAAUGCCAGAAUCGAGGAAAAAGAAAGCGAUGAGUUUUUCGCCGGUUACAAAAUUCUUGAUCGUGAAGCCAUUAGAAGUGCCAAAGGCACCGUUCGCGGUGUCAAAAAUAGGGUUCGUGCCGGAAUCGCCACUUUUCUUCAAAAAUCAUCUACAAAGAAUUACAAAACGAAGGAUGCAGGCAAGAUCGUUGUUUAUGUAACAUCUAUGAGCAUCGUAAGGGAAACCUAUUUCGCAUGCUUGAAGAUGCUUCAGAUGCUCAAGACUCACAUGGUCCAGCACGAUAUACGAGACUUGUUCAUGAGUAGAGAAUUACAAACAGAACUCAAGGAAAGAAUUGGUUGCGAGGAUAUUGAAGUGCCUCAGUUAUUUAUCGAUGGACAACACAUUGGAAACGCCGACGCGGUUGAACGACUCAACGAGUCCGGUGAGCUACGACGCAUGUUCAAACCUUAUAAGAGUCCCAACGCAUGCCUGACUUGCAUCAUCUGCGGUGGCUGUCGUCUUCUGCCGUGUCAAGUUUGCAAUGGAAGUAAAAAAUCACCGGUUCGGAACGACUUUAUGAAGGAAUUCUACUGGCUGAAAUGCAUGAAUUGCGAUGAAGUGGGACUCGUGCGUUGCACUCAUUGUCGAGAGUGAUAAUUUUUUCUCCUUCUUGCGAUUCAACUUGCUAUAAACAAGAAGAGAGAAGAGAAUGAGACGCAAUGUAAAACUUCGGGGGAAAUAGAUGAAUAAUUUUCUCACAGACAAUAAGAUGUCAUGAAAUAAAAUGACACGAAGUAAAAUGCAAUAGAAGGAGAAAAAGCCGCUAAUCCCGUGAAUUAAUUUAUCCUUUAUUACGAGUUGAGGUGCUAUAAAAAAAAGAAUAUAUCAAAUAAAAGUUUAAACAAAUAUUGAAAAGAAAAGGAGUGUAGUAAAACGAGCAGGGAUUCCUGAGUCUUAAUAAAUAUUUAAAUUUAUUUACAAGCUCUUCGCCCGAUUUGUACGAAAUUGAAUUUUUUUUUCGAGUCGAUUUCCAUCAUGACAAUAAUGAUGAUGAUGAUGAUGAUGAUGAUGAUGAUGAUGAUGAUGAUGAUGAUGAUGAUUUGAUUCCAACGAAUCGUGUUAAUAAAUGUGAUGGCCGCGUACUGUCGUUGCAUGAAAGUGUACAUUUAUAAAUGCUAUAGAAUAUAAAUAAAGUCAUCGGAGGUUUUUUAAACAAUCGA